UGUGUUUUUGUUGGCAAGCACAUGUUUUGCGCGCAAAGUUGUUUGAAUUUUGUUAAAUUCAAAAUGGAUUUUCGAUGAUAUGGACCAAGAGCUAGAUGUAAGGCACGCUCGCAGCUACGUGGACAGUGGCUUUGCCGCCAUUAAAAAGCAGUUUAGACGUUGCGAUGUCAGUACGCUUGCACACCUGUCGGACGUCGUGAAUGAUUCAUCCAACUCCAACGCCUCCGUCCAAUACCUCCAGUGGCAGUGGGAGGAUUGGCGCGCUUUCCUGCAGCCAAAGUUCAGAGCGUUGCCGGGCAUUCGGAAAUAUCAGUACUUCAGAUUUGAACAACGGUGUCCCGGGUUUGUUUUCGCAAGGGAACGACAUGAAUCAGAAAAGACGAAGAUUCUUUUGACAUCAGAAUCCGGUUUCGUCGCAACGGAGAUACCGCGCACGCUCACAGCUGCAGGGUUGUCGGAGCAGCGUCGCGCUUACCUGACGAAGAUUGUCUCCCCCUACGUGUCCGCUGUGCAUCGUGAUGUGUUAGUGCAUCAGGAAGAUUGUGAUGUUUGAUUAGCACACACUUCAACAUACUCAACUUGGAGCAUUGAGAAAUAAAUGUCUCAACAAA